AUGAUUUCACAUCCGUAUUUGGACGAUGUGUUGAAUAAAAUUAGGUUAACACAUAUUCCUUGGGAGAAAUAUAGAAAUGUGGGGUUGCUGACAGAGAAUGAAGUAGCAAUGAUAAACUAUGUAGAAAAUGUAACUACAAAUGAGCUUAUACCUAUUAUGUCAGAGCAUGGUUUGUAUUAUGCAGUUUUAUACCUAGAGCUGAUGCAUAAAUUAGCAAGAGUAGAUGCAAUUCAAAAGGUUCUUGUGCUAAUCCAUGAUAUGCUAUUUGAACAUGAAGAAAGAAUAGCUUUAUUUCAUCAAGCUGGUGAUAAAGUAAAGGGAUUUCCAUUUGGACCUUUUUACAAGGCAUUACGUAUUGGGGAUGAAUUCAUAGGACUUCAAUCUAGCAAAAUACUAACGCUUUUAAUCUGUUCUACAUCUCAAAAGAGUAAUAUUAAUAUUGAAGAAUUAUUCAAAUGGAUGACAUUUCAAUUACAAAGCCAUCAUCAGCAUGUGAUCGACCUUAAUAUUCAAAUGCUAGACACACUCUUUCAUCUUCCCGAAUAUAGAAAAGCAUUUUGGAAUACAAGUCAUGCUGUUGAUUCACUUGUCAAUAUACUAAAGAUUUCAUGUUCUAACCAAAAAGAUGUUGGACCACAAAAGAUGUAUGAAUUAACGAUGGCUAUUUGGCUUUUGACAUUUGAUUGUCAUAUCGCAAGGAAUUUAGAAAAGAAAUGUCAGAUAAUCCCAACUUUAAUUGAUAUUGCUAAAUUUGCUGUAAAAGAUAAAGUAAUUCGCGUUGUUAUUGCUACUUUUAGGAAUUUUAUUGAAAAGGCGUCUAUGGAAAAUAUGCCUGCUAUGUUAGUCUCCAAAUUAUUACCUUUAUGUGAUCAUCUUGCUACAAGAAAAUGGACAGAUCAAGAUAUUGCAGAUGAUGUCCAAUUUAUUCGAUCUGAAUUAGAAAAGAGCUUUCAAAGCCGAACGACAUUUGAGGUUUAUGCCUCUGAAUUGGAAACCGGUAUGCUACAAUGGAGUCCCUCUCAUUUAUCUGAAGUUUUUUGGAAAGAAAAUACGAACCGUUUAAAUGAUAAUAAUCAAAAAUUAUUAAAACAAUUAGUGCGUUUAUUAAGCUCUUCAACAAAUCCUCUUAUAUUAUCUGUUGCAUGUUAUGACAUUGGCCAAUAUGCUAAAUAUAGUGUAAAAGAGGGGAAAAGACACUUACAAUCAUUGGGUGCUAAGCAGAGAGUUAUGGAAUUAAUGACUCAUGAAAAUUCAGAUGUUAGAUAUCAUGCUCUUUUAGCUACUCAAAAGUAUUUUUCAAUAGUACAGUAA